UUCGCACACAGGGGGACGUGAUGUCGCAUAUCCGUAUAUUUGUGCUCCUCUGCACCUUCCUGACGAUUUUCUUCUGUGCAGCAGGUUUUCCAGCUCACAGGGAGAUCCGGGUGAAGAGGAGUCUACCGUACUGGAACCUGUGGUCCUCUGAUUUCUACGGCUGGGUGGACGAGUUGCGAUCUCAGAGCGGAUAUGACACGCUGCUGGGCUUGGCCAGAAACUACUGGGCUCACUUUCCCAUUGCUGGUUUUCUAGGUUACGGAAGCACCCCAGGGCAAGAAGACCAUCCAGUGCUGGAAGUUGAAGACUUAAAAUAACAUUGUCUUUUCCCACUGGGCUUCCUCUGUGAAAAGUUUCCCCUCCAUUAUAUGCCUGGGUUAUACUGUAUCUAUUACAUGUCUUUUCCUUAUGGAGCAUCCCCUUGCGGCCUUACUCUCACCUUUGAAUCAUUUUUACAGGUUUUUCUCUCGCUCACCCUUCAAAGAUGUUUAAUGUAAGCACAACAUUAAGCACAUUUUUGCAAAUCAGUACAGAAAUAAAUGCACUUUGCGAAA